AUGUUCCCGGAGCCCCCAACCCCCGGGCCUCCUGCGUCCGACUCGCCUCCAGACUCAAGUCGCAUCAGCCAGGGCCCAGUGCCCCCCUGGGCCCUGGCCACAAUCGUCCUGGUCUCAGGCCUCCUCAUCUUCAGCUGCUGUUUCUGUCUCUACCGGAAGCGUUGUCGGAGGCGGAUGAGCAAGAAGAGCCAGGCCCAAGCCCAGGUCCACCUACAGGAAGUGAAGGAGUUGGGCCAGAGUUAUAUAGACAAGGUGCAGCCAGAAGUGGAGGAGCUGGAGCCGGCACUGUCCGGGCCUGGGCAGCAGGUGGCAGAGAAGCAUGAGCUAGGACGACUGCAGUACUCACUGGAUUACGAUUUCCAGAGUGGCCAGCUGCUGGUAGGCAUCCUGCAAGCCAAGGGGUUGGCGGCUUUGGACUUGGGUGGCUCUUCAGACCCCUAUGUGCGGGUUUACCUGCUGCCAGACAAGCGGAGGCGGCAUGAGACCAAGGUACACCGGCAGACGCUGAACCCACACUUUGAGGAGAACUUUGCCUUCAAGGUUCCCUACGUGGAGCUGGGGGGCAGGGUACUGGUCAUGGCAGUGUACGACUUCGACCGCUUCUCCCGCAAUGAUGCCAUUGGGGAAGUGCGGGUCCCCAUGAGCUCCGUGGACUUGGGGCGGCCAGUGCUGGCCUGGCGCGAGUUGCAGGCGGCUCCGCGGGAGGAGGAUAAGCUGGGAGACAUCUGCUUCUCCCUCCGCUAUGUUCCCACUGCCGGGAAGCUCACGGUCAUCGUCCUGGAGGCUAAAAACCUGAAGAAGAUGGACGUUGGAGGGCUUUCAGAUCCAUAUGUCAAGGUCCACCUGCUGCAGGGUGGCAAAAAGGUGCGGAAGAAGAAAACGACCAUCAAGAAGAACACCCUGAACCCCUAUUACAACGAGGCCUUCAGCUUCGAGGUGCCCUGUGACCAAGUCCAGAAUGUCCAGGUGGAGCUGACCGUGUUGGACUACGAUAAGCUGGGCAAGAAUGAGGCCAUUGGGAGGGUGGCUGUAGGGGCAGCGGCUGGCGGGGCUGGCCUGCGGCACUGGGCAGAUAUGCUGGCCAACCCCCGACGGCCCAUUGCCCAGUGGCACUCAUUGCGGCCCCCUGACCGGGUGAGGCCACUGCCUGCGCCUUGA